AUGCCACUCUAUGCCAAGUUCCUGAAGGAGCUGAUGACUAAGAAGAGAAGCUGGAAGAAUAAUGAGACUGUGAUACUAACCGAAGAAUGUAGUGCUAUCAUCCAGCAUAAACUACCCCAGAAGUUGAAGGAUCCUAGGAGCUUUCAAAUCCCUUGUAUUAUAGGGGAAAUCACAGUAGAGAAGGCCCUUUGUGACUUAGGAGCCAGCAUCAAUUUGAUGUCAGUAGCAAUGAUGAGGAAGAUGAAGAUCGAAGAGGCUAAACCAACAAAAAUGGCCUUACAACUGGCAGACCGAUCAUUCAAGUUCCCUCAUGGCAUAGUAGAGGAUUUGUUGGUGAAAGUAGGAGACUUCAUAUUCCUGGUAGAUUUUGUAGUGUUUGACAUGCAAGAGAAAGCCAAGACCUCCAUUAUUCUGGGAAGGCCGUUCUUGGCUACUGCUGGAGCUAUCAUUGAUGUCCAAAAAGGUGAUCUUACCUUGAGAUUACACAAUGAAAAGAUGACAUUUAAUGUGUUCAAGGCCAUGAGUUACCCAACAGAACAAUUGGGGGAAUGCAUGAGGUUAGACGCACUUGAAGAAGAAGUGCAGGAGUGUUUUGAAGAAGAAUAG